AUGCAUCUGCUUUAUGCUUUCCUUGUUUUGCUUUCUCUUAGCAAUGGUGUCAGUCCUAACUGUCCUGGAAGAUGUAGCUGUGAUUCUCCGCAGUCGGUGCAAUGCUACAAAGUAAUAGAGGUACCAUCAGGUAUUCCUUCUACCACCAGGAGACUCUACAUCAGCCACAGCAAAAUUAAACACCUCCAGCUAUCUAACUUCACCCAAAUGUUGGUUCUGGAAGACUUUAUUCUGUUGGCCAGUGGAACAGAGUCAGUAGAAAAUGAUACCUUCAAACCUCUGAGUACCUUGAAGACCUUGGAAAUCUGGAAAAAUAAGUUAAGACAAGUCCCCAGUGGACUCCCAGCUAACCUUGAAGUGUUAAAACUAAAUGACAAUUCAAUAUAUGUCUUACAUGGAUCAGAUUUUGAAGGGCUGAAGAAAUUAAAAAUUCUUGAACUUAAAAACAACCUGCUCUCUUCCAUCUCUCCCAGCAUGCUCAACCCCCUUGGCAGUUUGCAAAGUUUAGUGUUGGAUGGUAACAAUAUAGAGUCUGUGGCUGGACCACUGGUGCUUCCCCAUCUGAAACACAUGAGCAUGGAGAAUAAUCAACUACAUCUCAUACCAGGUAGCUUCUUUACUUCUUUUCAGUCUUUGCAGUUUCUCAGUUUUAGUGGUAAUUUACUGAAUAAAAUUCCUAUUAAUCUGCCUAAAUCCUUGCUAUCCUUAAAGAUGGAGAGAAACCAGCUUAAAGUGAUAAGAUUUCGAGAUAUGAAACACUUGGAGAAUCUUUCCCAUCUUUACCUGUCAGAAAACUCACUUUCUUCUAUGGAUGGGGCACAGCUCCUGGUCAAUUUAACCACUCUUGAGGUGUCUCAAAAUCAGCUUCAAAUGUUACCCCUCAGACUCCCAUCAAGGCUACAAAAACUCGAUUGUAGCAAUAAUCUGAUUCGGAGAGUUACAGUGCAAGACUUCCAAGACCUCCGAGACUUGAAGCAUUUGUUUCUGGACAACAACUUUGUCAGCUUGUUCGAAGCUGGAGCCCUUCAGAAGUGUUCACAGCUCUCCAACCUGGCCCUGGAGCAGAACCUGCUGUUGUCUAUACCUCUAAGGCUCCCUGGGACCUUAGCCAGGCUGGACCUCAAAGGCAAUGCCAUCCAGGGUAUUGCUGAGAGGGAGCUCAAGGAUCUAAAGCAGCUUCAGGUUUUAAAUCUCAGGAACAACAAAAUCUCUGCUUUAGACCUCAAAGCCUUGGAGGGUCUGCCUCGCCUCAGGCACCUGUAUCUGGAUGGGAAUCCGUGGAACUGCACCUGCAGCCUCCUACAAGCCAGGGAGGUCCUGAAGGCUAAGGGCACAGAUGUGAGGGGCGGACAAUGUGCAGCACCAGCUGAACGUCAGGGGGAGAGCUGGAUGUCCUCCAAGAAGAUCAUGAAGCAGUGUGAGCCUCACUUACAUCUGACUGAGCAAAACAAAGAGACCAAAAAGAAACCAAAACCUGAAGACCACGCCAGCAUCAGAUUCAACAUGGAUGAUGAUGAUUAUGAUUAUGAAAUAGAUUAAGUAGGAGCUUUGCUUACAGCUUAGAAAAGGUUUUUUAGUAUUCAUCGUCUUAAGCCAAAUACACUAUAAAUUUAGAUAUGCAAGCCUCUUUUUGUUAGUUUUAGUUUUAGUUUUGUAAGAAUGAAAUGAGGGUUAAAGAUAAGUUGACAUGGAGGGGGAAGUAGAAAGGAGCAAUGGUAAGAAUAUGUAAGGUUUCUUCUAUAGUAAAAAUAA